AUGGAUUUUCUUUUGCAACAUUUUAGAAGGUUAUUUUCGUUCUUGUGCGGAAAUUCUGACAAUGUGCGCCCGAAGGUAAGCCAAUAAGGUUUAAUUGAGUCUUGAGUUUGAAAGCUGCGAAAAUCAUAACUUUCAUUUUAUAAAUGACAGCAGAUAUUAUCGAUGAAGAUGGAACUGUUGUUAGAUGAGAGACGUAAGCAACUGUGGAGAUUCAGUAGAAUCUCUGCCUGCAAAAUCCUACCAUAAAUGUAGAUGAACACUAAAUUUUACCAUUAAGCAAAUACACUUCCUCGUUCACCCAAACAAGUCGACCCAAACAAGUGACAAACUUAACCUUACAAAAAAAGGAUUGUGUUGGAUGGGAUCCAAGUCGAUAACAAUCAAAAUAUUAUGAUAAUUAAAAGGCUUGCCAAUAAAAGUACUUAUAUUGAUCAGGGAAUGCACGUUUGAUGAGUUCUGAUGCAUGGGUCAUCCCUGUACUUUGUGGAGUGUAGCUUCCAGCUUAAUCUGCAACUGAUCACCACUACUGUGGUGCUGUACCUGGGAUACUGCUCCAUCCUAUGGGAGCAUACACUGCUAAAAACAAGAGCAUCCCAUUAGUCAACUUUACAAGCAUGCUUUUUUCAUUUGUAAAAGAACGAAGUUUAUCUGUAGUUUGACCAAAGCCACUUGCGUCUUAUCUCCAGCAUGCACCACUUUACCUGGGGGGAGGGGGGGGGGUACUGGCAUAUUUGAGCUAUAUAGGUAUGUGCCACUGUGAAGGGUAUGAUUUUCAAGCAGUUUACUCGGGGAUAUGGUAUAUAUAUCAGAGAGUUUGGGUCUAGAAUAGGGUAUCAUUUUCCAGGAAACUGAUCAAUUCAUCAUUGAAGAUUUCAGUCUAGACCAGGGAAACCAGAAACGCUAAUCAAAAAUGUAAAAUAAUCAGUUUUGUUUUAGUUGUACUGUGGUUUCUGGAAAACAGCUACUCUAGGAAAGGGGGGAUUUGGGGAAUUUAGUCUAGUAUAGGGAAGCAAAAUUCACUUGAACUAUAUGUCUGGUUUAGGCUAAGGGUUACAGGGUCACAGCAGCACAUAGCCACCCAAAACUUUCGGGUACAUUACGUCAGAACAAUAUAAGGCUGGUACAGUCAUGGCAUUCAAGGACAUGAUGUGGUAAAACCUGUAUUUAUUACCACCUCUCUAAGUUUAUAAUAAUGAACAGUUGAUGUUUUUGUCCUAGUGGCAGACAGUCCGUGCUUGUUCUGAACUUUUCCAUUCUGAAGUUUUAUCUGUUUAUUUGUCAUUAUAUAGAAGCCACUGGAUCCAGAUAAUACAACGAGAGUUACUGUUGCCCUUGCAGGGAUCCUGGCCUGCAUUGCAAACUCUCCAUUGGGAGAAUAUUGUGAGUAGUCAUUUGGGAGCAGCACUCAAAAAAAGACACCAGAACAAAGAGCUCCCUUUCUCUACCUUUCAUGGCUCUGCAGCUCUCAUGCAGUCAUUCUCUUGCUGAUCGAUUGCCACGCAAAAGUUAAUGGAGAGCUUGCUUACAGGCUAAUGGGUGAUCAGUUAUAGUGACCGAGUUUCACUGUAUGCUGUAUGUUUAAUCCAUUAUUUCUCAAUAGCAUUAUUGUUAAUCCUUUCUAGAUUUGUCUUUCUGAUGCUGAUGUUUCAUCUGCAGAGGAAGCAAAUAUGAUAUUACAAACCCAUAGCAACCCUCUGCAAGUUGAGGAAUUUAUUCUUGAAGGUAUGUAUAUUUUAUAAAGCUUUUUCAGGGCAUUUAUUUAAAUAAAUUGGCUUCAUAUGAAUGUACUAUCAUAGAGUUCCCAAUCGCCAUCCACCUAUUUGUUCUGUCCAUGUAUUUUAGGGUCCCAGAGCCACAAAAUAUCAUGCAAAUAAAAACAACAACAACAACUUGACAUCUUCACAAUUUGUGCUCUGCUAGUUAUUUAAUUUCACUAAAAGUAAUGACCCCAUUAUGCCAUGCAAAAUGAAAAUUUUAAAUCAAUCAAUAACUGACAAAAAAACAAGGUCUUUAUAACAAGGGUGUAUGAAAAGGCACGUAAAUACUCAUCAAAGUGAUAGCGUUAGUAAUUCACAGGCUUACAAGAAGUGAUAAUUAUUUUCAACCAAACUGUUUUUUUCUCUGCAAGGAAAGCCAAGCAUACACAGCAUUCCUAUCCAACUGUUUUACUUCACAAAUUUGCAAAGGCUCAGUCUGUGUGGUAAUCAACUGCAAGACAUUCCAUGGUCUAUUAUUUACCUGCGGCAACUCAAGGAGCUCGAUGUUUCCUUCAAUGCUUUGGUAGGUGCUGGUUUUAUACAAUUUUGAGAUUGUUUUAUUCAGCCUACACAAUAUUAUUAAUUCACAGCAGCUGAUCACAUGUGGCUUGAUAUAUAUUGGAGAAAAGAUAUUAUCUGUACCACAUUGUUGUAAGUGUAUAAUAGGCUCAUUUAUUACUUAUUUCACGAUACUAAGUCACUUUUGGCAAAUUCUUUUUGCUAAAAUGUGGAAAAGGCCAAGGCUUAAUUUAAAUGGAAAUGAAAUACUGUAUACAAUUUUGUGUAGACAGUAACACAACCACAUACCGUUAUUGGUUAUGGUACUUGUUAACCACCUUUUAAAAGUUCCCGGAAAUUCAAGCACGCAGUUAAUUUGUGUUCUCAAAGAACUGUUCAUCCAUCAGUGAAAAAUUGAUCAUUAAUUCUUUUUGUUUUCUUGUACAUUAGCAUGUUCAUAUUUUGUUGGCUAAAUAAUAAUUGUCCAUUUAUUUCUAUGUAAAAAAAAUAUUUUCAAUUAUAUUCUAUGUGUUUAUGUUACUCUUUAAUUUGCUUAUUCACUAUGAGCUGUUAGCUGUUAUUGUUUCCCCUUAUUAUUAUAUUUAUCAAUUUUUAUUUUAUUAGAGUGUUCUUCCAAGAAUUGUGUGCUAUGUUCCAACCUUGCAAGUUCUAUCAUUUCGGUAAGAAGACUAAAACUUUGCCACAGAAAUAUAUUGUUCCUCAAAGAAUAAAGAAUCAAGAGCAAUAUUAAAUUAAGUGACUGUGCUUUAUUCAAGAGAGUGCUUCUUUUUUCAAGUGUAAGCUGUUUAGUUUUGAAAGCCAUAAAAUUCAUCUGUUAGCCCUUUUGGGCGCCUUCACAGACCCAAAUGACAGAUUUUCCUACCCUGUCAUAUCCUUCAACGGUAAAAUCCCCACCCUUUCAUAUACCUGAAGUCUAAAAAUGGUACCCCUUUCAGGUGGAGCGUCCCUGUAUAGGCCAUUAUGGAGAGUACCCCCUGGGCGUGGCAUGCAUCACAAUGGCUGGGGCAUAUAAAGUCUCUAUUUUCUUAGUGCUCUAGAGUACUUUUAAAAGUACGUAUAAGUUCAUGGUGAAGAAAAUAUUCCAAGAGGACUAAUACUAACCCUCCAUCCUCUCUCUUUUUUUCUUUUUCUUCAGAAACAACUUUAUCACCUAUUUACCAACAGAGCUGCUUAAUUUACCCAAUCUUAAGACUUUAGGGGUGCAAGAUAAUCCCUUGGUUUCGCCUCCUCCAGCAAUCGCAGAGAGAGGAAGAGAAUCCAUUUUAGCUUACCUUAGAAAGAGAAAAAGCAGAAGAAACAUGUUUUCAGACUUCAAGCCAUGGAUCUCUCCAAAUGAUGACCUGGUCACUGUAGAGGUAUCAACCCUAGUAGAGCUCUGUGUCAAGUAAGUAUAGCUCUGCUUAGCCUGCGUGUUAGGUCUUUGAAGGGGGAAGGGAAAGGGGGGAUCAUUUAAGGCAUACAAGUACACAGGGGGUGUGUGGGGGAUGAUGUUAAUUAAAUGGAAACUUUCCCUUGCAAGAGGGAUUUAGAGGAAGACGUUUCCUUCCCACCUUACUCCCACACCUAUAGAGUACACACAAGAGAGGGAGUUAGAGGGAGACAUUCCUUUCCUAAGUUCCUUCCUUGCCUCCUUGCUUCCUUAUCGCGAUCUCAUGCACCUCUAUUUCAGGUAUUAAUUCCCAGCUUGAUUCUACCCAGUUUAUGAUGCUGAUACACCGUUUGUUAAACAAAGGGAAAUUGGAAUUAAUGGUGGACGAGGUCGUCCAGGUUCAUCAAACUAUUAUAAUGCAAAACAGUCGGGUUUUUUUUUCUCAAAAUCAGUCAAGAACUCGGUAAAGCGUGGGGUAAGAGUCUUAAGCGCGCGAAGCGCGCAAGCCUCACACGCCCGUAGGGUGACGUGCCCGGUUACGUGUGAGGCGGGGAAAAAAACAUAUUUUUAGCAUCUCGCCCCAGUCUCGCUCUCUGUUUUCAGCCUUGUUCGAGACCUUUUGUUUGACUGUUCGCGCGUACUUGAAUACGCAAAAAUACGGACUGUUUUGCAGCCUAUCAAACUAUUGGGUCUGAGCAUUUAAAAAAGUGCAGAAGCGUAUGUAGAGUAGGGGCCCGACGGUCCUGGGUCGCCGCCUCAUUUUUAGGCCAAACUGCAGCCUGCAGAGCCAAGGAAAAUUAUUUUCAAGUGUCGGGCUCCCCUUUUAUUUUAGGGUCUGGAUGGGCGGAUCCCCUGCUUCCUUCAAGAUGUGGAACCGCCAUUGAAAUGGUGGUUCUUAUUAGCAUAACCCACACCCCUCCUCUUAACAAGAAGGUGUUAAUAUCGUGGGGAGGGGGGGGGGGGAGAUUUUCUUAGUACUAAGUAGUGCGCGCGUGUGAACCAGCGUCAUUUUGGUGGGAAAAUGAAAUUGACAGGUUUCAGCGCGAGUGUUGCACUCGUGACAGUAACAAGUCAUCAAAUGCUAGAAGUUACACCUUUCAAUAUAAAGCUUUCCGGAGUGUCUACUCGAAUCUAAAGGUCUCCAUUAACACGAAAUACCUAAUGAAAAACUUAAUGCUUUUUUACACAGAUGCAUCCUUGACUGCCAAAUAGACUUUCUGGGUUCAAGGGAUAUACCUCCGCGACUGAAGACAAAUCUCGAAGAAACGAAAAAAGAGGAUCGGAACUCUAUUUUUAUCUGUAAAUGCGACGUAUGUGAAAUGUAUUUCUCUAAUAAGUUUAAAUUUGAAAUCCACGACUGUGGAAACAAAUUAUCGGUACCGUAA